GAGGGAGGAGUUCAAUAUGGUUGAAGUAUAUUCAUUAGUAUUAUAGUCUCUGUACUAAAGCUAUAGAAAUCUUACUAGGGACCACUUUUGAUGUGAGCAUGCUGUAUACACCCUGCUGAAAAAUCAGAGCUUAUUUCUCAGUCUCAGAGCUUGCAAGGAAUCGCUACUGUUGCAGAAGCAUCAAAGAUUAGCACAUCUCGCGCAAGAAGCCACUAAUUUACUGUCUGCAAGCCAUAACAUCAGAAGAAACCUUCUGAAGUGAACCACCUUACUACAAGACAGAAAAUGAGUUUCCAUGGUAGCGAACACGGGACUUCCCCUUAUCUCAGUCCCAUCAGUGAUGUCACUGGUUUGGUCUCCGCAAGCCCAACAGGAGGAGUGGGGGACAUCACAGACCAGCACCUGCACAUCACGACAGCAAGAGCUGACCCUCACCAUAACCUGUCCGUGGUACACUUUGAGAAGCAGCCACCAGACAACAUGCGGAAAAGCAAUUUCUUUCAUUUUGUUAUCUCCCUCUUUGACCAAAACCAUCAAGCAGUGGAAGUCUUGAAAGCGUCUUUCAAGGACUUCUGUGACACCAUUGAAAACGGGCAAGAGUACAGAAAUGGUCUAAUUUACAAGCUCUACGUAAGCUACAGCGACGGUGUCCAAAAAGAAGAAGAGUUACAUGUUCGUCUGAUCGAUUCAAGCACCAAACAGCUCAUCCCCUACGAAGGAACAUGCAAAAACCCAGACUUCAGGCGAGUGCUCCUGACUCAUGAGCUCAUCUGCAGUCGCUGUCUCGAGCAUCGAUCUUGUGGAAACAAGAACGACACACCCUCUGAUCCGAUAUUGAUUGACAGGUAUAGGCUGAAGUUUUUUGUCAAGUGUAAUCAAAACUGUCUCAAAAAUGCUGGUAAUCCUAAAGAUUCUCGGAGACGCUUUCAGGUGGCUGUAUAUAUUCCACCGAACAGUGACACUCCCAUCGGCUGUUCUGACGCCAUGUUUGUUCACAACAACUCCAAACAUGGACGGAAGGCGAACCCAGUGUUGUACCCAGGGAGAGAAGCUAUGGUGGGAGAUGGGAAGCCGUACAUCAUCUCAGUACACCCCCACGAAGGCUGGACGACAGGGGGGUCUAGCGUUUGCAUCAUUGGAAUGAACUUCUACGAGGGAACUGAAGUUGUGUUCGGGACACUGCCUGCUGCCUCGGAGCUCAUCAGCCCGUGUGCCAUUGCCGUGAAGACACCUCCCAGUCCUCGGUCAGGAGAGGUAGACAUCACACUUGUCUAUCAAGGAUCGCAAUACUGCAUAAAUAACCCAGGAAAAUUUGUCUAUCUAGCUCCUGAUGAGGCUCAUUUCGAACACAAUUUCGCACGACUAGAAAGAUUACUACGAAAUCCUGAAGAGCCUGAUGACAUUCCAAAGGACAUUCUGCUCAAGCGAGCAGCUGAUGCCUUGGAAACCUUCUACUCCCUACCAAGGCCUAACUACAGUAGUGGAGGUGGUGCUGGCCCUCUCACACAUGGCAACUACUACCUCAGUUCUCCUGCAUUGUUCACUGUUGCUCCACAGCAGAUGCAACAGCAUCCUCUCCUAUCUCCAAACAGAGGCAAAAUGAACGCCCUAUCAAGCAUAGAGGGUGGGGACACGAGUAACACUAACGGAGUCAGUCGCUGCAGUAGUGGCGAUCAGCCGGUAGGGGUGGAGGGAAGUGGACAACACUUCUUCAGUUUCCCCACGACCCAAGGCUUGGGCCAAGCGGACGUGAAAAUUGAGCAUAUGUCGAGUAUCCACAAGCCCAAACCAGUCACCCCUGGAGGAGUGUAUCCGGUCGCUAUGCCAUUUCUACAAGUGGCUCAUAUGCCUCAGGGCAUGUAUGGUUACCCGUCCAGCAGUGGAGACAUGAAUGGAUUCAUGGCCAGCAAUAUGGGCGAACACCACGAGAGCAACAGAAACAACAACAAUAGCAAUAUUGGAUUUGGCCAUCCCAUGGUAGCGGCCGGUUGGCAUGGAAACCCGAUCCACCUCAUUCCUCCCUCCCCUCUCUUCAUGGCACCAACAGGUACAUAUUUCACUUCCCCUGGGCCACUGCCAAUCACUCCCAAUGGUCCUGGAGGCUCAACGGUGUUUAAUUUUCCAAUGAUGUCACCAGCUAAACCAAUGCGCUCAGUGUUGCAAGGCAACAAAGGUGGUAAGAGCAGCGACGGUCUCCUUCAUCCUGGAGGAGGAGGAACAAUCAACUAUCAGCAAACUAUGCUUGCAGCACUGCCCUCUCCCGGGAUGCCUGGUACUUUCGUGUUCCCACCGUCUACUCCAACAAGCCUCAUUGCCCCUAUCAGCCUGCCAGACUUGACUACCAUGUCUGAGGCUGUCACUACUUCUGUUUCCUUCGUCUCCACUGCACCAACAACACAGCAAUCUAUGGCAGACAUGGAGGCACCCUUGUCAAAGAAACGAAGAGGCUCCCCCUAACCACCUGCAACACUUAGCAACCCUCACUAGCUCUACGCGUAGUCUAUUUCACCACAGAUUUUAUCGGCUUUGUAUUUGAGAAUUCAUAUCGUACUUUCAUUACGCCUUUUUAUACCUGCAAACUUUACUCAAAUCACAUACCUUUAUCUCCCUUGUCCAUCCCGUCUGCAUGCAUUUAUCCAGAAUAAAAAAUUUAUACUAUUGA